AUGCCCAAAAUUAGCGACAAGAAGAGCCUCAUCUUGGAGAGCCAAGAGGAUGGACCAACCUCUGGGCAAAAAAAGCUUCCCGUUAAUCAACUCUGGCUGUUUCUCUGUAUCAUUCUAGUGGGCGCCUGGUUUACAAGCUCGUGCUCUCCUUUCGCCCCCCUGAGCAUUGAGGAAAGGGUGGAGAAGAUCCUGUCACAGACUCCAUUGAUCGACGGUCAUGAUGACUUUCCCAUCUUGGUCCGGGAACUCUUCCACAACCGUGUAAAUGAUCGCAACUUCACUGAGGCUUUUGUCAAGGGGAAAUUUCCCGGCCACGUUGAUAUUCCUCGAUUGAAACAAGGUAGAGUUGGUGGCACAUUUUGGAGUGUUUUCGUGCCCUGUCCCGAGAAUGGGACCGAUUUCUCCAACGAAAAUUACGCAGCAAGCGUGCGAAUGACGAUGGAACAGGUUGAUGUCAUGUCAAGGGUUCAACAAGCAUAUCCCAAGGUCUUCUCGAGUCCCCUUGAUGGUACUACUGCCAUGUCCGCUUUCCGCGAGGGAAAGAUUAUCUCACCGCUUGGUAUCGAGGGCUUGCAUUCUAUCGGCAACUCACUGGCUCUCCUCCGUAUCUUCUAUGACCUUGGAGUUUCUUACGCAACUCUCACACAUAACUGCCAUAAUCGAUAUGCCGACGCCGCCGUCAUCGAACUUCCAGGCGGUGGAUUAAGAAAAUCCGAUCCUCUCUGGCAUGGCGUCAGCGAAGAAGGCCAGAAGCUAGUUUUUGAGAUGAAUCGCCUUGGGAUGAUCGUCGAUUUAGCCCAUGUCAGCACGGAGACUAUGCGUGAUGUGCUGGGCGCCGGCAAGUCUGAUUGGAUAGGAAGCCGUGCUCCAGUGAUUUACAGCCAUAGCUCAGCAUAUGCACUCUGUCCCCACCCACGCAACGUACCCGAUGACAUCUUAGAGCUGGUCCGCGAGAAGAACUCCCUGGUUAUGGUCAAUUUUGGACCAGACUUCAUUUCCUGCACGGCUUCAAACGGUGCCAAUGGGAUCCCAGACCUGGACCCCGUUCACGCCACUCUGGAACGAGUCGCUGAUCACAUCCUGUACAUCGGUAAUCUUGUAGGCUUCGAGCAUGUUGGGAUCGGUAGUGAUUUUGACGGUAAUCCGACGGUUCCUCGGGGAUUGAAGGAUGUGUCCAGGUUCCCCAAUCUGAUCAAGGAGCUACUGAAACGAGGGGUCAGUGACAAAGAUGCAAGCAAGGUGGCCGGAGGUAAUCUACUGAGAGUAUGGAAAAAAGUUGAUGAGGUGGCGCUAGAGAUGCGAUCCGAGGGUGCACUGCCUGUGGAGGAAUAA